GUCAUCCUUGCUUCCUUGUCGCCUAGCUAUUAUUCACGCCCACCUCUCUUAGCCACAGAAUGAAAGACCCACAUUUUCUAUGUUUUGCUUUCAAUAGACUCAGUACAGUGGAAAUAUGAGAUGAUACACACUGCCACCACUACAAACUUUAGGUCUUUUCAAGCCACAAAGGUGAUGACCAAGGUGGCGUAAUAUGAUGAAAUCAAACUGGCCCCUCUCACACCUGACCUUGCCUGAUUGUUAAUUUACAUGCAGACCAGUAUUUUCUACUGAAACUACUAUCUCCUCUAUAAUGAAUGACUUAUUGGAAAUGAUGGAUGAGGAUAAAUGUGCAGUACUAGUUCUUUUAGAUCUUAGUGCAGCUUUUGUUACUGUGGUCUUUGAUUUGCUUGUGAAAGAUUUGAGGGGCACUGGAGGUGUAUAUUAUGCAGUGAAAUACUUAGAAAGCUUUUUUACAAAACAGGAGCUAUUGUGUGCAAAACGGAAAAUGUUUCUUUUUUUUUCUUUUUCAUAUGAGUGUUGAGAGGGAGAUUAAUUACAAAAGAAAGUGUGCUUGGCCCUAUCUUAUUCUGUAUCUACACAGUUGGUUUAUCAAACUAUUACAGUGACAGGUAUGAUUGCAGUUUCCCUCAAUAAACCGCACGCCACACAGAACACACUAGACUGGGAGGUGUCAGAAGAUUUAUGCAGUCAGAAGCCAGAGAUAUGCAGCAAUGACUUGACUCUCCUUUUACCAACUGAGAUGUGUGAAGAGAUAUUCCUUUAUGUGCCAGCUAUUGAUCUUGUUGUGUCAGUUUCAAGAGUCUGUAAGAAUUGGUACGAUAUCUUAAGAAGCAGGAACUUUUGGUUUCAAAAAGUUAAGAGAGAGGGGUUCCAGCUCUCUGCUGUUACUGAGAAGAGACUCGCUGAGGAAAAGGAUUUGGGCAAGGCAUUGCUCAUUCUGCAAGGUCUCAGUUGCCAUCUUUUGGGAGUAAAUACUAACCUUAUACAAAAUCCCAGUGGCCAAGAUGGAUUGAAUAAAUGGCAUGUUAAGCAUGGUGGAAAUGGACUAGAUGUGGAAAAUGCACCCGUUGGUUCCAAUCUCAUCCCUGAAGAGGCAGGUCUGCCCACACAGCACUGCUUUGUGUCCUCCUUUACACCAUGCACCCGUACACAGAUGAUCAAACUUGAGAAUCACAAGCUUCAACCUUGGAUGAUAGACAUCCUUCAACCCAAAAUUAAGGUUUCAGAAUGGGUUAGCGCCAGAUUUGACUGUGCUGCACGGAGUACAAUGAAAGUGAAGAUUUUUGGAAGUGGAACACCUGUUAGUUACAAGCAAGACUGGUCGUCUAGCACUGAUGGUGUGGAGAGGAUGGAGUGGUAUAAGAUGAGUUUGGUGGCAGAUCAUGUAGAAGGGCUGUGUGCAAUCAAGUUCACCAAUACAAGUACAGAUGAACAGUUCUGGGCUGGCCAUUAUGGAGCAAAGACUGCAGGUUCUUCAGUGGUACUUCAUGUAUAAAUGCUAUUGUUAUUUUGUUUUCUUGUUUUUAUUAUUAUGGAUAUUUGAUGUGAUAUGUAUGAAAGUCAGUAAGCUAAUCUUUUCUUUUGUAGAAGUUGGACACAAAAUAUGUGAAAACUUCAAUUUAAGGAUAUUAUCAGACAAUUGUUUUGUCAGAUUAACAAAGAUGAUAUGGGUAAUAAAGAUAUACGGGGUGUAACACGAGUUUCUGCAAAUAUCGAAAGAGGUGAAAGAAUGUGUAAUUCUAAGUACAGAAUGUUCUAUACACAUAUGCAUUUUAAGGCUUUGUUUACAUGUCAGAGGAGUUGAAAAUGUAUGGGGCUUGUAGGUUUGCUCUGCGUGUAACUGUGAGGUAACAGACAGAUGGGUUGCACUUUCACAGCCUCAGAGGUGCCACUUGCUCAAAUUAUGAAUAGUUUAAUCUCAUUUUUUUGCAAACUGUGGAAUAUUACAGUAUCUUAUAACAAGACAAAUGAUAUUAAAAAAGCAUGUAAUUUACCAAUAAGCAUUACACGACAACAUUAUUGCGGCGAUUAAAAGUACGCCUGUAAAAUGCUGUGGCAUCAUUGAAGCGAGGGAGGAGGGGGAAGCGAGUCUGAGCGACCUUGAAAACAGCCGAGUGAUGAUGCCACAUAGAAUCUUAAAGGAGUACUUUUAUCACCACAAUAAUGUUGUCGUGUAAUGCUUAUCGGUAAAUUACAUGCUUUUUAAUACCAUUUGUCUCAAUAUAAGAUACUGUAAUAUUCCACAGCUUGCAAAAAAUAAGAUUAAAUCAUUCAUAAUUUGACCAAGUACCACCUCCGAGGCUGUGACAGUGCAACUGUCUGUCUGUCACCUCAUAGCUACACGCAAAGUACACCUGCAUGUCCCAUACAUUUUCAGCUCCUCUGAUGGAUAAACAAAGCCUUAAAAUGCAUGUGUAUAGAACAUUUUCUACUUAGAAUUGCACACUUUCACCUCUUUCAGUAUUUGCAGAAACUCGUGUUACACCAUAUAUAAUAUAGAUCCAGAAGCUAUUCUCAUUAUUUCUAGUAUAGCUACUUUAUGGUGCUUGUGCAUGUUUAAAUUCUACUAGCACUUGUUCUUGAGAUAAAAAUGUGGCACUUAUUAGAGCCACAUUUUGGUCAGGUGUCCAGGCUUACUUUAUGUGAUCAACAAAUGUAAUGUAAUGAGGCAUGAUCAUCAGGAACUGGAGUACAAGCGAACAGCGCGGUUCAUAGCAUUUGUGUUUAUGGUGCUGCAAAUGUCACAGACAAAUUAAAAAGUGUUAUAAUACCCAAAUAAUGUUUGUUUAUCAUGACAUUAUCAUGUAGAACUAACCAUGCACGAGCAGUUUAGCUACUUGUACCUUGAUGGAAUGCUUUUGACAUCAUAGUAUGACCUAUAUGAAUGGCUUCCAGGGCUUCCAAGGGUCCAAGUUCAGCCACCCCAAAAUGCAGUUGAUAUUGUAAUCACCUCUCCUAUAAACAACAACAAUGAUUAUAGCUGUAUUGUAUGUGCUGCCAACAUUCAUAGAUCAUACAGUAAUCCCACCAAUAUCCGUCCUAAUUCGUGAACUCCAUGUCCAGGUGUUGCAUUUGUAUGAAUACUGUAUGUCCAAUUAAUUUUCUUUUACUGGGCAUCAUUACAGAAAUGGUAUUAUACAGUAUUAUAGAAGUGUACAACCAAUUCUAAGGCACAUUUUUUCUACAUUUCUGUCACAGAUGCUUAUUUAUGAAGAAUUUUUUGGACCUUUUCCCUCUGUUCCACAUCUGCCACACUACACAUAUUAGUGUUUUCAAAGAUAGUUUAUAUGUUUUCUGUAUGUGCAUGUGUAUAGUGAAGCAUCAUAAAGAAGGAAAAUGAA